AAGCAAAGGCUCAUCCGUUGGAUCCUCUUGUUACAAGAAUUCGAUGUCGAAAUUAAAGACAAGAAGGGGUCGGAAAACUUGGUAGCGGAUCAUUUAUCCCGCUUGGUGAAUGUCGAGGUCACCGCAUCUGAAAAGGAAAUCCGGGAAGAAUUUCCUGAUGAAAAAUUGUUUAAGGUUCAAGUUAGGCCGUGGUUUGCAGACUUUGCAAACCACAAGGCUAGUGGUUGUGUGCCGGCCGAUCUAACUUCGAACCAAAAGAGGAAGUUCCUUUCGGAUGCGAAGUAUUAUGUUUGGGAUGACCCAUACUUGUUUAAGUUGGGUAGCGAUAACCUGUUAAGGAGAUGCGUAACUGACGCACAUACCCAUGCGCAAAGUUGUGACAGUUGCCAAAGAAGUGGUGGGAUAGGUAAGAGAGAUGAGAUGCCUCUCCAAAAUAUCCAAGAAGUGGAAGUGUUCGAUUGUUGGGGCAUAGAUUUUGUUGGACCUUUCCCACCCUCUUACGGGAAUGAGUACAUGCUUGUAGCUGUUGAUUAUGUCUCUAAGUGGGUUGAGGCGAUUGCCUCACCUCGGGCGGAUGCCAAAACGGUGAUAAAUUUUUUAAAGAAAAACAUCUUUUCCCGAUUUGGAACCCCCCGAGUGUUGAUAAGUGACGGAGGGUCACACUUUUGCAAUGCACCUUUGGAAACAAUUCUAAAACAUUAUGGUGUGUCGCAUAGGGUGACAACUCCGUACCACCCUCAGGCUAACGGGCAAGCGGAGGUCUCUAAUCGAGAGAUUAAGAGAAUCCUAGAAAAAACCGUGUCUAAUUCUAAAAAAGAGUGGUCCCAAAAAUUGGACGAAGCAUUAUGGGCCUACCGUACGGCCUUUAAAGCUCCAAUUGGCCUAACUCCGUUUCAAUUGGUAUUUGGUAAAACUUGCCAUUUGCCGGUUGAAUUGGAGCACAAGGCUUUGUGGGCCCUAAAAUUUCUAAAUUUUGAACCUGAGUUGGCCGGUAACAAAAGGAAAGUACAACUACUUGAGUUGGAGGAGAUGCGCAAUGCCGCAUACCACUCAAGUUGGUUGUACAAGGAAAAAGCAAAGAAGUAUCAUGACAAGAAGAUCCGUACCAAAGAAUUUUAUUAUUGCUUUCUGGAUGGAUAUUCGGGAUACAAUCAAAUUGCUGUAGCCCCGGAAGAUCAGGAAAAAACUGCAUUUACAUGUCCUUAUGGUAUUUUCGCUUACAGACGGAUGCCAUUUGGGCUAUGCAAUUCCCCAGCUACUUUGCAGAGGUUUAUGGCAUCUAUAUUUUCCGACAUGCUUGAAAAGUAUAUGGAGGUGUUUAUGGAUGAUUUCUCUGUGUUUGGUUCUUCUUUUGAUAAUUGUUUAGCUAACUUGUCUCUUGUUUUGCAAAGAUGUCAGGAAACUAACCUUAUUCUCAAUUGGGAGAAAUGUCAUUUCAUGGUGCAGGAAGGAAUUGUGCUAGGACACAAAAUUUCCCACAAAGGAAUUGAAGUGGACAAAGCCAAAGUGGAGGUGAUAGCUAGCCUCCCACCUCCGGUGAAUGAAAAAGGGAUAAGGAGUUUUUUGGGCCAUGCAGGUUUUUAUCGCAGGUUUAUCAGAGACUUCUCAAGAGUUGCCAAACCAUUGACUGAUUUGCUAGUUAAGGACAAGCAAUUUAAUUUUGAUAAAAACUGCAUGGUAGCUUUCGAAACGUUAAAGAGUAAGUUGAGCAGUGCGCCUGUUGUAAUCGCCCCCGAUUGGUCCUUGCCUUUCGAAAUAAUGUGUGAUGCAAGUGACCUUGCUGUGGGGGCUGUCCUAGGACAGAGAAAGGACAAAUUAUUGCAUGUGAUUUAUUAUGCUAACGGUUAUUCAGGCUUCUUCCAAAUACCAAUUCACCCUAAUGACCAAGAAAAGACAACGUUCACGUGCCCUUUUGGUACCUUCGCUUAUAGACGAAUGCCGUUUGGCCUGUGUAAUGCUCCUGCAACCUUUCAAAGAUGCAUGAUGGCAAUUUUCGCCGACUUUCUCGAAAACAUCAUGGAAGUAUUUAUGGAUGACUUUUCCGUAUACGGACAAAGUUUUGAAGAAUGCCUUGAAAACCUAGAAAGAGUUCUUGAGCGAUGUGUGAAAGUAAACUUAGUACUUAACUGGGAGAAGUGCCAUUUUAUGGUACAAGAAGGAAUUUUUUUAGGACACAUCAUCUCGAACAGAGGAAUUGAACUAGACAAAGCCAAAAUAGAGGUAAUCGAAAACCUUCAACCCCCGAAAACUGUGAGAGAAGUACGAAGCUUCUUAGGACACGGCGGUUUUUACCGACGAUUCAUCAAAGACUUCUCUAAGAUAACUAAACCUUUAACCGGACUAUUGAUGAAAGAUGCUGAUUUCAUAUUCGACGAUAACUGUUUAAAAGCAUUUCAAGCGCUUAAGCAAGCAUUGAUCUCCGCACCCAUAAUGCAGACACCCGACUGGAAUGAACCAUUCGAAAUAAUGUGUGAUGCCAGCGAUUAUGCUGUAGGUGCUGUUUUAGGACAACGAAAGGAUAAAAAGCUUCACGUUAUAUAUUACGCAAGCAGAACCCUGGAUGAAGCGCAAAUGAAUUACGCCACUACCGAGAAAGAACUCCUAGCAGUUGUAUUUGCGCUAGAUAAAUUUCGUUCUUACUUGGUCGGAGCCAAAAUAAUAGUUUACACUGACCACGCUGCUAUCAAGUACCUUUUAACAAAAAAGGAUGCUAAACCU